AUGUCCGGAAACCGCCCCACCCCCCUCACCCCGCGGGUGCUGGACACCCUGCGCAGCCAGCCCGGCAUGCCAGCAGACAUGUGGUACGUCGUCGUCGCGACCACGCUGUGCGUCCUGAACAGGCCCGACGAGAUCCAGGACGUAUUCAGGCACGCCGUGGCGGCAGACGCAGCCGCGGAUGCGGGCGCAGGCGCAGGUACCACGGGCGUGGUCGCAGAUCACCAUCAUCACGCGCGACAAUUGAGGAUAGCGCGGCGCCUGCGCGAGGCUCUGCUCAAGACAUCCGCCAUAGGCGGGCUGCCAAAGACCAUCAACGCCCUCCAGGAGCUCAAGAAGGCUGUGCCGCCGGGGUGCAUCGACGAGCCGCAGGGCUCGUCCCCGACCAACCGCCGUCGCGACCUAUACGACACGCCCGUGCCAGACGUCCUCGGCCGCGGCAGGCGCUUCUUUGACGGAUGCUACGGCAAGGUCGCCCCUCGCGUCAUGACGUCCCUGGACACCUGCGGCACCGAGGACCUUGGCCUCGCCGUGCGCCUUGCCUACGGUUACCUCCUCAGCACCACCUCCGUGCUGUCAGAGGCCGAGACCUCCUUCGUCAUGAUCGCGGGCCUCGUACCGCAGGAUGUAAACCCCCAACUCAAAGGGCACCUAAGGGGCGCCCUGAACGGCGGCGCAAGCGUUGAGCAGGUACGCGCCGUGAGACAGGUCUCCAUCCAGGUCUGCCGGGCGUCGGGCAUGCGCCUGCUCACGGCCGACGACCCUCCUGGCUGCUGGGGCUGGCGGGCCGAGGUACAGGACCUCUAG